AUGAAGACAUCGUCUAAACCGGCGGCUGCAGAAGCGUCAUCGCAUAGACGGUCGCAGCCUGUCCGACAGGCUCGAACCAAUCCUCCUCGAAGUUUGGCCAACGCUGGUCGAUCCGACAAUGCCAGAAACACUGUCAAUGGCAGACCUUUGGGCAAUCAGCCUAUAGAAAUAUUCCCCGCAAUCACUCAUUUCGCCGACACAAUCUCUGCGCUGCCCAAGGAGCUCGUACGACAUUUCACGCUGCUCAAGGAGGUCGACGCCAAGAUUUUUGCUCCCGAAGAACAGCUCUUCAAGCUGGUCGCUGCCAUCUCCAACUCGUCCUUACACGAAUCCCGACCCAACAAUGACGCUUCGAGCACUGCGCCCCCCGCUUCGGCGCCCAUGAGCACGCAGAAUAGCUCUAGUGGAACAGUGUUGAAUCCUCCCCGUGCCUCGUCAGCCCCUUCACUGGACGCGCCGACCAGCGUCUUCGAUCCGUCCAACAUUCCCCGCCGACAACUCUUCCGACAGACCGCAUUCAAGAUUCAGGAGAUGCUAGUUUCAAUAGAAGAGAAAAACCACGUGCUCUCCACGGCGAACGAAGCUUUACAACGACAGCUGGCCCGUGUCGAAGACGUGUGGCCGUAUUUAGAAAACGAAUUCAGCGACGAGGCGAAAUGGGGUAGCACUACACACUGGGCAUAUCCCGAGAAUCGGAGCGGCGGCAAAGUGUCCCACGCAGAGAGAGCUCGUCGGGACGGUGCUGCAGCAAUUUCAGCCGCGGCACAGGCACUUGCAGACGAGGCAGCAGCUAGAAGCGAUGCCCGCAAGCAAGCUGUGCAAGCCAAGAAGAGUCUGAAGAACCAACACCAGGAUUCGGAUGCCGACGACCUCGAUGGCCGCCACAAGGAACCGGGCAAGAAGACGGGCAAGUCCCGGAAGAUAGCCGCCGUUACCGCCGACCCAAACAAUGUAGGACUGGGCAUUUCAGCAACAACUGCGAAUGGCAACCCUCCACAAAAGAGAAGAAAAGUAGAAAAGACUGCCAAUGGAGCUGCUCCCCCUGCUGGAGGUGCUAUGAGCACUGUGUUUGGUAGCACUGCUCCAAAGCCCAAAACAGGGAGUCCCAGGGGAACUCCAGCGCCAGACGGGCCUAAGAAGCGAAAGGCUCUGCCAACUGGGAGUGGACAGUCAAAGAAGAAGAAUGGCAUGUCACCAUCCAUUACGUCUUCUCCCGUCAUGGGAACAUUCCCAGAUCCAAAAGCACCGGCUCGGGCAUCCCCGGCGCCUACUACGAGCGCACCUCGUCCGGCGUCAUCUCGUGCCCGACAAAACUCAAUACAGUCUAAUGCAGAAAAUGGAAAAGCUCGACCGGCCUCCUCUGCCGCAAACAAGCCCAAUGUCAAUGGCCAGGGCACACCCGAAAUGGCUUCUGUGGCAGCAUUCCCGCGAGUGUUGCCAGACACAAAACCAGCCAAGGAAGCAAAUCCUCCCAUAAAGACUGAACCCGUCAAGAAGGAGAACGACCGACCUGAGAGCGCAAACGCCGCAGCUACUACUUCGAAGAAGGAUUCAAAGCCGGACGAUUCUGAUAAGAAGAGUGACUCGGCUCCGCCCCAGACGGCUCCCACGACUGUAACCACAAAGAGCGGGAGGGCAAGCAAACCAUCAACACCGGCCCUUGCCACGUUUCAAGAAGCCGCACGUUCACGGCCAUCACGGAACGCAGAGACCGACACCAAGAAGGGUGGUCAUAAGAAGAGAGGGUCUGUGGCACAAGCUCUCAUCCUACAAGCAGCUGCCGCCGCCGACACGGAUGCGAGCAGCAGCAUGCAAGGAGAUGAAGACGACGGCGAGAUUGAUGCCGACGAACCGACGUACUGUUACUGUAAUAGCGUAAGUUACGGAGAGAUGGUUGCUUGUGAUGCGGAUGACUGUAAGCGCGAAUGGUUCCAUCUGGCCUGUGUUGGACUCAAGGUUGCACCAGGGUCAAAGACAAAAUGGUAUUGCGAAGACUGCAAGGAACGGCUCAAGAUGGGAAGUAAAAAAUCCGGAGGACGCUAG